ACAGAUCCCAUCCCUAUUGUCGUCAAGUAUGAUGUCAUGGGCAUGGGGCGGAUGGAAAUGGAGCUCGACUACGCCGAAGAUGCCACUGAGCGGAGGCGUGUACUGGAGGUGGAGAAAGAAGACACCGAGGAGCUGAGGCAGAAAUACAAGGAUUAUGUUGAUAAAGAAAAGGCAAUUGCCAAGGCUUUGGAAGACCUCAGAGCAAACUUCUACUGUGAACUCUGUGACAAGCAGUAUCAAAAGCAUCAAGAGUUUGACAACCACAUAAACUCUUACGAUCAUGCUCACAAGCAGAGGUUGAAAGAUCUCAAGCAAAGGGAAUUUGCUCGCAAUGUCUCUUCAAGAUCACGUAAAGAUGAACGGAAGCAGGAGAAAGCCCUCCGGCGUCUACACGAACUGGCUGAACAGAGGAGACAGCCUGAAUGCGCUCCUGGAAGCGGACCCAUGUUCAGAACCACCACGGUGGCUGUGGAUGAGGAAGGUGGAGACGAUGAUGAUUCUGCAGCCAACAGCAGUUCUUUCAUCCAGACGACUUCUGGCCAAGCUACAGAGAUGAGUAUGGACAGAGGUUUCCUAAACACUGGACAAGUCGGUGGCACUGUUAUGCCAAGCCAAAUGCCCAGCCAGCCAGCGCAGGCAAUCAGCUUUGGCAUUAAGAGUACUUUGGGCACUCCCCUGCAGAAGAUAGGCGUGUCGUUUUCAUUUGCCAAGAAGACUCCGGUAAAGCUUGAGACCAUAGCGUCUGUUUUCAAGGACCACGUGGAAGAAUCAAGUUCCGCAGAUGGAGCAAAAGCUGACGAGAGAGGGUCCUCAGAUGCGGGGGGCCUGCAGAAAUCUGGCGAGGGCGAAAGCACAAAUAAUUCUGACGGCAAGGCGGAGGAAGAUGACCAACAUGAGAAAGAUAGUGGGUCUCUAGCCACUACGUUGUCUAAACUAAAAAAGAUGAGACGAGAAGAUGGACCAAUGGCAGUUGAACCAGAGUACUACCACUAUAUUCCCCCAGCCCAUUGUAAAGUAAAGCCUAACUUUCAAUUCCUGCUUUUCAUGAAGUCUACUGAACAAAUGGAAGCUGAAAAUGUGAACAAAAAAACUACGCAUGAAGUUAAAAAGGGUAGUUCUCCAAAACCCAAACCCGGCAAGCACACAGAGAAGGCUGCUGAGAGCACGGCACAGCAGAAGGAGCAGAGUACUACUGAAACUGCAGCUCAGCAGGGCAAAUCAGAACUAAAAGAAGUCCCAGAAAAUGCAGGUGUGCAGGAGAGCAAGCAUCUCGCAGAGAGCAAUCUCCCUGAGCCAGACACUGCUAAAGAAGUCGCUCAGCCUGCCCCAGGCUGUAAAGAUGUCAUCGAAGGACCAAAGCAUCCAACAGGACCUUUUUUUCCCGUUCUGAGUAAAGACGAGAGCACGACUCUCCAGUGGCCUUCAGAGCUUCUCAUAUUUACCAAAGCGGAACCAUCUGUUUCGUACAGUUGUAACCCCUUGUAUUUUGAUUUCAAGCGCUCUCGCAACAAAGAUGCUAAAGGUAAAGGGACAGAGAAAUCUAAGGAUCCAGGGGGUCUUUGUAAAGAAAACAUUCAGAGCGCAGAAUCUGGUGAGAUAAGCAAACCCAAGGAGGCAGAAAGUGCAGCUAACAGUUCUGCUCUAAAAAUGGAAACCAAAUCUCUGUCCACCUGUGGCUCCCAGAACAAGCAGGAGUCCAGUUUGACAAGCGUUAGUAAGGGAGAGGGAGAGGACAGUAGUAAAAGCAUAACCGGUAAGAAUAAAUCUGGGAGAUCCCAUAAACACAAAAAGAAAAAGAAGCACAAAAAGUCCAGCAAGCACAAACGUAAACACAAGGAGGAAGCUGACGAGAAGAGCCGAAAAACUGACCUGGGGGAAGAGAAACCCAAGAAACGGAAAAGGCACAGGCACAAAAAAGGCAAAUCUUCUCUCUCUACUGAAUCGGAACGAGUGCUAAAAAACGAACUGUCUGAAGAUUGUAGCCAUUUCCCGAAGAAAAAGCGGUGCUCUCAGGAGUCCCAGAGGAAGUCUCUGUCUGCCGAAGAGGGAAGCAGCAGUAAAAAAGAGGAUGGUGGUAACUCCUGCCAAGAGCACGGUAGCAAAAAACACAAGGCUGAGCUGCAGCAGUUGUCUACUUUGAGGAGACGGUGUUCGGCUCCUUCCCUGGGCAGGACCAGCCGCAGGAGCCGGCAGAGCAGCGGGGACUACGACAGCGACGAGGGCUCUCACAGGAAGCACUGCCGGCAGAAAUCCCCGUCGCAGUACAGUGACGACUACGACUCCGGCAGCGACCACUCCAGGAGCCGCUCCAGGUCGGGGCGGAGGCACUCCUCUCGCAGGUCUUAUUCCACCAGCUCCGACGCCUCCUCGGAGCACAGCCGGUAUAGCCGUCGGAGAAGUUACUCGGAUGAUAGCUACAGCGAUUACAGCGACCGGUCAAGGUGCCAUUCAAAGCGGUCCCACGACUCAGAGGAUGACUCCGACUACAACAGCUCAAAUCACAGAUCAAAACGGCGCAAGUACUCAUCUUCUGAAGAUGACUACAGCUCGAGCAGGAGCCGGUCGAGGAGUCGAAGCAGGAGCCGAACUCACCCUCGAGGUAGGUCAAGAACGAGGAGCCGGGGCAGGACACGCAGCAGCAGCUGCAGCCGCAGUCGAAGCAAGAGGAGAAGCCGGAGCGUAACGGGUCGCAGCUGGAAACGGAGCCGCAGCUACAGCAGGGAUCGCAGCCGCAGUACGAGAAGCCCCUCGCAGAGGUCUCUCUCGCGAAAGGGCUCUCGAGGCCACGAGAGCCCUGAAGAGAGGAGGUCAGGGAGAAGAGACUUCAUCAGGUCCAAAAUCUAUCGUUCGCAGUCUCCUCACUAUUUCCGGGCAGGCCGAAGCGAAGGAUCGUCGCAGAAGAAGGAGGAUGGCAAAGGAGAGGAUCUGAAAGGAUCUGGCUCGCUCUCCCAAAACAGCAGCGGCUCUGGCACGGGGAGGGCCUCGGAAGGUGACUGCAGUCCAGAGGAGAGAAACUCUGUCACUGCAAAACUUCUCCUGGAAAAGAUUCAGUCCAGGAAGGUUGAGAAGAAGCCCUGCGUCGCUGACGAGAUGCUGGCGGGGGCAAACAAGGUGGGCAUAAAGCUCAAAGAUCCUCCCCAGGGCUACUUCGGCCCAAAACUUCCUCCUUCCUUAGGCAACAAACCGGUUCUCCCCCUAAUUGGGAAAUUGCCAACCGUUCGAAAACCAAAUGCCAAAAGAUACGAAGAGUCUGGCUUGGAGAGGGGCGAGGAGCAAGAGCUGUCGGAUUCUGAGGAUGUUUCCCAAGGCAUUGAGGAGUCUCAGUUGGCUGGCCAGUCUCUCCUGGAAGACGUGGUGAUGGUAAUUCAGGACAAACCUCUGGAUGAGCAGAAACGUGACGAACCUGCCGUGGAAAUGCCGUCCAUUCCCCUCGAAGCACCGGCACUGCCCGAGUGCUUUGGUUCUGGAGAUCUGGUCAUGCCGCACAACUUCCUCUCGGAUCCGAGCGAUGGUGAUGGGCUAGAACCUAUGGAUGGGGGCAACCAGCCGGUCCCAGUGGAAACCGGUAUGAUGCCCUUGGUUCCAGAUGUCGAGCACUUUCCUGGCUACGUGCCUCAGAGCGGGGAGCCGAGCAUUGAAGGGGAUCGGGAAGGAGGAGAGGACUCCUCCCUAGCACCGCUCGAGAGCCAGCCGAUCACUUUUACACCCGAGGAAAUGGAGAAAUACAGUAAGCUGCAGCAAGCUGCUCAGCAGCACAUUCAGCAGCAGCUCCUGGCAAAGCAGGUCAAGGCCUUCCCUGCCUCGGCGGCCCUGGCGCCGGCAGCGCCC